CCUUUCCCACAGAGGUCCAUCCGUCUGGGCAAAAAAGCAGGGCUGGCAGUUGACUGGGAAUCCUGCAAGGCUGAGAGACCGAGAGAAGCCGAAAGAAAGGCUUCCUUUUAUGGCUUGCUGCAAACCCCUUUGGUAUUCCAGCGCAGCUUCCUCCUCCAGCGUGGCUCACGGCCACGACUGGGCUCUCCGUUUCCCAGGCUGUUUGCAGCAAGGAAAUCAAAACCAGAGUUGUUUGAGGCGCCCCUGCGACAAUCGCCGCCACUACCACUGCGAUGAACAUGAAAACGGUUGUCAUUCUCCUGAUCCUGGCCCUGGCCACUGUUUUUGCUCUGGUUUGUGUUUUGUUGACUAAAAAGGAGAAGGUCACAACUUGUGACUGCUCGGAGCUAGAGAGCUCUCUUGAGAGCAUAAACAGUGAAAAGAGCAAGAUAUUUGCUGACUUGACAGCCGAAGAGAUGACUCAAGUGGUGACAUACCUCAAGGGAAAUCUUGGUGUCCAUCUCCAAGAUGCCUUUCAUGCAGAACCAGCUGAUAACUGCAUUUACUACCUGGACGUGUUCCUCCCUGUGAAAGCAGAGGCGCUGGGCUUCCUGGACCAUGGAAGGAUUCGACCCCCUCGGCAGGCGUUGGCGGUGGUUUUCUUUGGAGGCCAGCCGGAUCCAAACGUACUUAACCCUGGCAGGUCCUCUCCUAAAUCUGAAGCUACUACUCACCGAGACAUCAAAUUCCUUUGCAAAGUUUCCAAGUGUAUGCCAUAUCACAGCAGACCGGUGACUGAGAAGGAGUACCGGGAUAUUGACUUGUUUAUUUUUCGUGAGCUCUCCGAGGCCCCCACCUUCCUCAAAGAAUGCUGUGAGUACCCAGAGAUGAACUUGACGACUCUGACCACGGCCCCCCGAGGCCUUGAAUCUGGAGACAGAGCUACUUGGUUUGUCCUUUUCCAGAAUGUGUUUGGCAGUGGCUAUUUCAUCUACCCGGUUGGUUUGGAGAUCCUGGUAGAUCAUAGCGGCUUGGACCUCUCCCAGUGGAAAGUGAAGAGUGUGUUCUACAAUGGCCAGUAUUAUCAGGACCUUGCGCAACUGGAGAAGGACUACAAGGACAGACUUGUAAAGGAGGUCAGGGUGAAGAGGAUCCAGCCGGAGGGUGAUUUCGCAUCCAUGAAGCCGCCACCGCUGCCACCUUCCGCUCCGGCAGGCCCUCUGCAGUUUGAGCCCCAAGGGAAACGCUACAGCCUCACAGGAAGCCAUGUUGCCUACCAGUCGUGGAGUUUUGCCUUUGGGAUGAAUGUGAACACGGGGCCACGCCUCUUUGACAUCAGGUUUGGCACCGAGAGAAUCGUCUAUGAGCUGAGUUUGCAGGAAGCCCUGGCCACGUAUGGGUCCGACUGUCCAGGUGGGAUGGUAACCAGGUACAUGGAUGGCAGCCUUGGCAUCGGGAAGUUUUCUUUUGAACUGGUGAAGGGCGUGGACUGCCCCUAUACGGCCACCUACGUGGACCGACACUACUUGAUAGAGUCCAAUGCCCCCAAACUACACAAGAACUCUUUCUGCAUCUUUGAGCAUGACAUGGGGGUGCCUCUGCGUCGCCACUUCUCCAAUAUGGGCUCUUUUUAUUAUGGGGGGCUAGCCAACUCCGCUCUGGUCUUAAGGGCUAUCUCCACCCUCAUCAACUAUGAUUACGUCUGGGAUUUUGUUUUCUAUCAGAACGGCGCUAUUGAGGUCAAGGUCCAUGCCACGGGAUACAUCAGCUCCUCCUUCUUCACCGGCAAGGGAAAGGCCUACGGGAACAGGGUUGGGGAGCACACGCUCGGCACGAUGCACAGUCAUUUGAUGAACUACAAAGUAGACUUGGACGUUGAAGGGACCAAGAACUCCCUCGUGGCUCUUGAUAUGGCGUUUGAAACCGUGCAGGUGCCUUGGAGCCCCAAACACCAGAUCCAGCGGCCAGUACUCACCAGCCGGGUCCUGGACAAGGAGGAGGAAGCUGCCUUCCUGCUUGAUGGCAAAGCCCCGCGGUACCUGCACUUCACCACAAGCAAGGAGAACCAAUGGGGUCAUCAGCGCAGCUACCGCAUCCAGGUCGUCAGCUUCGCAGGCGAGCACCUGCCUGAAGCAAGCACCAUGGAGAAGUCAAUCAGCUGGGGCAGGUACAAGGUGGCCGUCACCAAGCGGAAAGAGGAAGAGAUGACCAGCACCUGCAUUUAUAACCAGAAUGACCCUUGGGAUCCCUUGGUGGUCUUUGCCGACUUCAUAGACAAUGAGACUAUCAGUAAUGAGGAUCUUGUGGCUUGGAUCUCCGUUGGCUUCUUGCACGUGCCUCAUGCGGAAGAUAUCCCCACCACAACAACUGUGGGCAACGGGGUCGGCUUCUUCCUUCGGCCGUACAACUACUUCGGUGUUGACCCCUCCGUCAAGUCCAUGGACAGUGUCUACUUCACCCCCGGCCAAGAUGCUGAAACGUGUGGCCUCAAUCGGGCUGCUUGCUUGCCAAAGGCAGCCUCCUGUUCGCCCCGCCUCCCGCGUUUUGCUUUCACAGCCUUCCAGAACCUGACAGGCCCCUGAACAGAAGGAGACUCCGCCCUGGUCAAAACAUGCCUCAGUUUAGCUAAUGAAUUAUUAUACUGUUGAGCUUGAGUUGGACCUGACUUGCACCCUCCCACAAAUGAUCCCUUCUGCCCUUUUCCUUCCCUCCCUCCCUUUCCACGUUCUCCGCUGGGAGUGGGAGUAUCCAAACCAAAAGGUUCCACCUUUACCUGGCGGACCCAUGAGUGAUGCCAUGCGACCAUUUUGAUGCGACAAGUUGUUAUCUGGUGCAGCUACAGUGGGAUGAGUCUCUAGUUACUGCAAAUGUUCAGGCGUACAUGGAGGGCGUGUGGCCACCUCCUGUCCUGGGAAAUAUUAACAGCGUGAGUUGAGGUGGUGGUGGUGUUCUCCUUGCCAAUUGAAGAAGGGCUGGAACCAGCUUGCCAUUCACUUAAGAACAUAAGAACGAGCCUGCUGGAUCAGACCAGAGUCCAUCUAGUCCAGCACUCUGCUACUCGCAAUGGCCCAACAGGUGCCUUCGGGAGCUCACAGGCAGGAUGUG